AUGCCUCCUCAGCUACCGCCCCACUCAACCGCCACCUGGUUGUCGUAUAGCUCCCCAUAUCAAUCUUCACGGCACGCUGGCGUCUGGCCCCAAAACUAUAUCUGUCCCAGAACGCCAAAGUCUGCAUCUAAAUUCCCAAAUUACAUAUUAUCGCUGAUCUUGGAACGAGAACAAUAUACAAUCAUCACGACUCUCACGAUGAAAAUCUUCGCAAACGCAAUCCCCGCGGACCCCUCAAACUCCCAAACCAACACCGUCUGCCACCUCGACGCUAUCCCAGACGAAAUUCACCUCGAUAUCCUUUACAAAAUUGAUUCAUGGAAAACCCAUAUCGCCAUGGGUCGGGCCUAUCCACGUUGGAAAAGGCUGAUCAAAGAUGCUGCAUUCAAAAGAAUAGCUCAUAAAGCACGAUAUUCGUUGGAUUUUCCUAUUCAUCGGCUGUUCACCGACGGCGAGGCUGCACAUCGGAUCCUAGAGUUUACGAUAAAUCACGGGAAAAUCGAGUCAAUGAGGGUAUCACCGACAGACCUAUUUUCAAAGCUUUUGAAACUUGAUAAUGCUAGUGUCGAAGAAAGGGGGAUUUGGAAUAUUGAGCUUGGAGAGGCUGGUGGGGUUCUUGAAGAUAAAUUCAUCGAUCGGGAUAAAGGUGCUCGGCAGGCGAAAUCUCAGGGUAGUGCUUCAGGUCAACAAAACCACAAAAGACGGUUGUCAGUUUCCCAGGGGAAUGUGAAGUUCGAAUACUCGGAGCGAGACCCAUACUCAAGCGAUCUUUUGACGGUUACGGACGUCCGUCUUGGAUUUGAUCAAGUUUCGACGAUUAGGGAGAUGAUGGAGACCUCCGUUAAAAGUCUCUAUACUGGACAAGGUUUAGUGGCCUAUGGGCGAAUAAGAAUAUAUUUCGAGAUCCAGCCGCUGAAGCCAAGCUUGGAGUUGGUAUUAAGAGGGUUGGUCGAAAGGCUGAAUGAUCCUGUGGUCGAGGCUCCAGCAUUCAAUUUUGGCAGUUAUGGCUGCUCUUUCGGAUCAUAG